AUGGGCGUGUGCAAGAGCCUUGUUUGUCUUGUGUAUCUUCCUGACGAAUGUUUACAUCCGUGUGGAUUUUGUGAUGAUGGAGUGGCUGUGAUUGUGCGCGUGGUGCCAUUCCUCGAGGGUGUGCCCCAUUCCACAAAUGGGAGCGGCCCAUGGGUUCUUCUAGUCGGAGCGGCGGCACCCAAAAACCCCAAAAUGGAACCUCGAUGGAUCAUCACCCUUUUCGCCCUUGUCGGUUUUGUGGCCGCCCGGGCACAGUUGCCCCGUCUUGAUCACGGAUCCUACGAAAUGCUAUUUUCUCAUGAAAACGAAUCUGUAGAUAAAACGGGAACAAAGGUGCCACUGAUCCCCUCGAAUACACUCUUCCCGGAGGUCGAGGCUCCCGAAUUGUCUCGAAGUGGGCCACGGAGAAAAGAAGAGAAAGGGACGUCGACAACGAUGGACAGUCGUGAGAAAACGACAACCAGCGCCGAAGUGACCACUAUCGAUCCGGAUUUCACCACCAAAGAGCCACUUUGUAUGGAUUUCGAUGAAAACUGCGAGAAAAUGGCUCCACUUUGCGAGAAUCCCCUCUAUCACAUCAUGACAACAAAGAAGUGUGCUAAGACUUGCAAUAAAUGCGAGGAGUUCUUCAAACUGCCAUAUCCAAUGAGAUGCAAGGAUAUUCUUAAGACAUGCUCUGAUCGUAUGUGUGACUCGGACUUUUAUGACCUUGUCUACAAGAGACAAAAAUGCGCUAAGACCUGUGGUUUUUGC